AAGCUCAAUCCCCAAAUCGAGCGAGCCCUCUACGAACUCUAAAAGCCCAGAAAAAUCCCCCCGAUUUGGGAAAAACUUGUCUUCAUUCGCCUUUCCCAUCUUCGUUUACCUACUUGAUCAUCCUAAUCUCUCUAACCUCGUCUUUGAUUCAGCUCUCUCGCACGUGCCGCAAUUGCCUCUUCACCGACUUUGCUUCAAUUCAAUACCAACCGAUUGGUAUCCGCGAGUUUCUAUCUGAGCUCAGCUCCUUUGUGUGAAUCAAUUCAAAGCUCUAUUAAGCAGAGGACGGACGAGCUAAUCAGGAGAUGACACUUGGGUGUUGUGUGACUUUAAGUUAUGCAGUGUUUGUUACUGUUGAUUAAGAGAAGAGCUAGAAGAACAAGGCGAAGAAGAUUUAAAAGUUGGUAACAAUGAAUGUUCAGGCUCACUUGUCGUCCGGACAGGUUUCGAACCAACAGCAGAAUGGGAACUCCCAAAUGCAGAAUCUAGUUAACGGUGGUGGUGGUGGUGGUGGUGGUGGUGGUGGUGGUCCUCCUCCUACUACUAGUAAUGCUGGUUUAGGACCUUCACGUGUUGACAAUGACCUCUUGAGACUAAGGCAGAGCAUGCGAAUCAAGAUUUUCAGCAUCUUGCAGCAGAAACAACCAUCUCCAGCUGAUGAAGCAUCAAAGGCAAAGUAUAUGGAUGUUGCUAGACGCUUAGAGGAAGGGCUGUUUAAAAUUGCCAACACAAAGGAAGAUUACUUGAAUCAGUCGACCCUUGAACCUCGUCUGACGAGUCUAAUCAAGGGUAGACAGUUGAACAACUACAACCAACGGCAAGCUAAUUCUUCUUCUUCCGUUGGAACAAUGAUACCCACUCCAGGGUUACAACAUAGUGGUGGGAAUCCAAAUAUGAUGAUGACGUCCUCUGUUGAUACUGGAAUGGCUGGAAGUAAUAACAUCGCAACUACUGCUAUGAACACUGGAAGCCUGCUUAAUUCUGGUGGCAUGCUUGGAGGUAACAUGUCUAAUGGCUACCAGCAUUCAUCGAGUAAUUUUGGUCUUGGCUCUGGAGGGAACAUGACAUCAAUGAGCUCACAAAGGAAUACCGGCCAGAUGAUGAUGCCUACCCCUGGAUUUGUCAACAACAAUACUAAUAACAAUAACAACAAUGGCCAAUCUUACUUGAGUGUUGAAGCUUCCAAUAAUAGUGGCGGAUUUUCCUCUGCGCCUAUGAUGGCACCUCAGCAGCAGCAGCAACAGAGGCAGAGUGUUGGUGGUCAAAAUAGUCGUCUGUUGCAUAACCUUGGAAGUCAAAUGGGUGUUGGCCUUAGACCUGGCAUGCAACAAAUAAUGUCUAAUGUGUCUAACAACUCCACAAAUGGUGGUGUUGGGAUGAAUGCAAAAGGUGUAGAUCCAGGAACCAGAAAUUCACAGCAGGUUUAUGAUAACCUUCAGCGUCCAGGAAUGCAGGGUAAAGUUUUUGUUGCCUCCCUCUUUUUUUCUUCUGCUUGUCUAAUUUCAUAUGCAUUGUCAGCUCAUCAGAAUAUUCAAUUUAUAUUAUUUUCUCCCUCAGGUGAAGGAUAUGGUACAAAUAAUUCUGACCCUUUCGGAUCUGGAAACUUGUAUGGUGCUGUAACAUCUGUUGGAACGAUGACAAAUACUCAGAAUUCCAGUACAACAAGUUUUCAGUCUGUGCCUAGAACUAACUCUUCUCUGUCACAUCAACAGCAGCAGUUUCAGCAACAGCCCAAUCGACUUCAGCAACAACCUAAUCAAUUUCACCAACAGCAACAGUUUCUUCGUCAACGGCAGUUGAAGCAGCAGAGCCAGCAGCAACAGAGAUUCAUAAGUCAUGAUGCUUUUGGGCAAAAUCAUGUGGCCUCUGACAUGGGUACACACGUUAAACAUGAACCUGGAAUCGAGAACCCUAGCGAGUCUAACCACUCCCAGACUCCCGAGCAAUUCCAGCUUUCUCAGUUUCAGAAUCAAUACCAGAACAAUGCAGAUGACCGUCAUGCAGGUUCUCAGAUUCUCCCUGUCACAAGUCAGAGUGAUAUGUGUACAUCGGCUCCCCAAAAUAGCCAACAGAUACAGCAGAUGUUGCACCCGCAGAGUAUGGCUUCAGACUCUAUUAACAGUUUUAGUAACCUUUCUGUUGGAGUGAAAUCAGAAUCUGGUCUGCAAGGUCACUGGCAAUCUCAGUCACAGGAACAUACUCAAAUGUCUAAUAGUAUGUCGAACCAACUGCACAUUCAGAAUGAUUUUCGUCAAAGAAUGUCAGGAACCGACGAAGCUCAGCCCAAUAAUAUGUCUGGAGGGUCUAUAGUUCAAAGUCAUAUAUCCACUACAUCAGAAUCUCCUAAUCCUCAAAACCCUGUAGAUACCUCUUGUAGAUAUGGAAAUGGAAACCAAGAUCCGAGAUUCAGAAAUCAACAGAAAUGGCUCCUGUUUCUACGCCAUGCUCGCAACUGCAAAGCGCCUGAAGGCAAGUGUCCUGACCGGAAUUGCGUUACGGUACAGAAGCUCUGGAAGCACAUGGACAGUUGUGAUGCACCUCAAUGUUCAUACCCGCGUUGCCGACCCACGAAGACAUUGAUUAAUCACCAUCGAAGUUGUAAGGAGUCUAACUGUCCUGUCUGUAUUCCUGUGAAGGCCUUCUUACAGCAACAGGCAAAUGCACGACUAGCUCGAUUAAGAACUGAAAGUGGUGCAGCAAGGCCAGUGAAUGAAGCUGGAAUAUCCAAUGAUGCAGUACAGACCUCUACUGGUGCAACAUCUUGUGCUCCGCCUGUUACUGAUAUUUCAAAGCAUUUGCAACCUUCGUUAAAACGAUUGAAGGUGGAACAGUCUUCUCAACCCGUGGACAUUGAGACGGAAAGCUGUAAGAGCUCAGUUGUUUCCAUAACAGAAGCACAAUCGUCUCAGUACGCUGAAAGAAUGGAUCAUAGGCAGAGUGAUGUACGUGCACCUUCUAGAUAUUCUGAAGUGAAAGCUGAGGUUUCUGAAGCUUCUGUCCAGGCACGGCCAGGUUUCAAAGAUACGAAAAUUGGAAUUGCUGAAAAUAUUCCCAAGCAAAGGCCUGUCAUUGAAGCAGUUAAACAAGAUUUGUCUGAUGCCUCACCUCGGCAAGAGAAAUGCAAAAUUGAGAAAGAAGCUGAGCCACCUAAGAAAGAAAUUAUGGCAGAGUCCGUUAAACCUCUACCAAAAUCUGGAAAAGCAGAGAUAAAGGGUGUUUCGUUAACUGAGUUGUUCACUCCUGAGCAAGUAAGAGAACAUAUCCGGGGUCUUCGUCAGUGGGUUGGCCAGAGUAAAGCCAAAGCUGAAAAGAAUCAGGCGAUGGAGCAUUCAAUGAGUGAGAACUCCUGCCAACUGUGUGCAGUGGAGAAGCUUACCUUUGAGCCACCGCCUAUUUAUUGUACCCCUUGUGGUGCCCGCAUCAAGAGAAAUGCAAUGUAUUACACUGUAGGAGCUGGUGACACUCGUCAUUACUUUUGUAUUCCGUGUUAUAAUGAGUCCCGUGGGGACACUAUAGUAGCUGAAGGGACACCUAUACCUAAGGCAAGACUCGAGAAAAAGAAAAAUGAUGAAGAGACUGAAGAAUGGUGGGUCCAAUGUGAUAAAUGUGAAGCUUGGCAGCAUCAGAUUUGUGCUUUAUUUAAUGGGCGAAGGAAUGACGGAGGGCAAGCUGAGUAUACCUGCCCUUAUUGCUAUAUAGCAGAAGUGGAACAAAGUAAGAGGAAACCUUUACCUCAGAGUGCUGUUCUUGGAGCUAAAGACCUACCGAGAACAAUUCUCAGUGACCAUAUAGAGCAGCGGUUGUUUAAGAAGCUCAAGCAGGAAAGAACAGAGAGAGCCAGGGCUCAAGGAAAAAGCUUUGAUGAGGUUCCUACUGCCGAGUCCCUUGUGAUUAGAGUUGUUUCAUCUGUUGACAAGAAGCUGGAAGUCAAACCCCGAUUUCUUGAUAUUUUUCGGGAAGACAGUUACCCAACAGAGUUUGCAUACAAGUCAAAGGUGGUUCUGUUGUUCCAAAAGAUUGAAGGUGUAGAAGUAUGCUUAUUUGGGAUGUACGUCCAAGAAUUUGGUUCUGAAUGCGCAUUUCCUAAUCAACGCCGAGUUUAUCUCUCUUAUUUGGAUUCUGUAAAGUACUUUAGACCCGAGGUUAGAUCUUAUAACGGAGAGGCUCUGCGCACUUUCGUUUACCACGAAAUUCUGAUCGGUUACCUAGAAUACUGCAAGCUGCGUGGUUUCACGAGCUGCUACAUAUGGGCUUGUCCGCCGCUCAAGGGCGAGGACUAUAUCUUAUAUUGUCAUCCAGAAAUUCAGAAGACGCCAAAAUCUGAUAAACUACGAGAGUGGUACUUAGCAAUGUUGAAGAAAGCUUCAAAGGAGGGCAUUGUGGCGGAAACUAUUAAUCUAUAUGAUCAUUUCUUUAUGCAAACUGGUGAAUGUAGAGCUAAGGUUACUGCAGCUAGGCUCCCAUAUUUCGAUGGUGACUACUGGCCAGGUGCAGCAGAGGAUCUUAUAUUCCAGAUGAGUCAAGAAGAAGAUGGCAGAAAGGGCAAUAAGAAAGGAAUGCUCAAGCAAAAAAUCACAAAAAGGGCUCUAAAGGCUUCUGGGCAGACUGAUCUGUCUGGGAAUGCAUCCAAGGAUCUGCUGCUAAUGCAUAAACUUGGUGAGACCAUUCAUCCAAUGAAGGAGGACUUUAUCAUGGUCCACCUGCAACCUUCUUGCACACAUUGCUGUAUGCUGAUGGUAUCUGGAAAUCGUUGGCGCUGUAGUCAGUGCAAACACUUUCAGAUUUGUGACAAGUGUUAUGAGGCUGAAGAGCGGCGUGAAGACAGGGAAAGGCAUCCUGUUAAUUUUAAGGAUAAGCAUGCGUUAUAUCCUGUUGAGAUUACUGAUAUUCCCGCAGAUACAAGGGACAAGGAUGAGAUACUCGAAAGCGAGUUCUUCGAUACUAGGCAAGCGUUUCUGAGUCUUUGUCAAGGGAACCACUACCAGUACGACACAUUGAGGCGGGCAAAACAUUCGUCGAUGAUGGUCCUUUAUCAUCUGCAUAAUCCAACUGCUCCAGCCUUUGUCACGACCUGCAAUGCGUGUCACCUCGACAUUGAAACUGGUCAAGGCUGGCGCUGUGAAGUGUGUCCAGACUACGAUGUGUGUGAUUCAUGUUACCGUAGAGAUGGCGGAGUUAAUCAUCCUCACAAGCUGACCAAUCAUCCGUCUCUAGCUGAUCAAAAUGCUCAGAACAAAGAAGCGAGGCAAUUGCGUGUCUUGCAGCUUAGGAAAAUGCUUGAUCUUCUGGUACAUGCAUCACAAUGCCGUUCUGCGCAGUGUCAAUAUCCAAAUUGCCGGAAAGUGAAGGGACUGUUCCGACAUGGUAUACAGUGCAAAGUGCGUGCUUCGGGAGGUUGUGUUCUAUGCAAGAAAAUGUGGUAUCUUCUGCAACUCCACGCUCGGGCCUGCAAGGAAUCUCAAUGCCAUGUACCUCGUUGCAGUGACCUGAAGGAGCAUCUGAGAAGAUUACAGCAGCAAUCAGAUUCACGGCGAAGAGCAGCUGUGAUGGAAAUGAUGAGACAAAGAGCUGCAGAAGUCGCCGGGGGAUCAAGUUAAUCAAAACUUGUACAUUUGGAAAAGAUCAAAUCGAAGUUCCUUUUCCUAAAGGUAACAACCUAUGUUGCCAUUUUCACCGAGCUCCAACAAGUUGAUCAUUAUCCUUUUGAAGAAGAAGAAGACCAGACAGUUAGAGACUAAUGGGGGAAUGUAGCUUAGGUUCGUGUUUAACAUGCACUCAGAGUGUGACUUGACUUUCAGAAGGAGAAGAGGAGGAAAGUCGUCUGUUCUUCAGAGAUGAGUCUUCAGUUUGAAGGUCAGUAAAUUUGAUAUGGUUUGUUUGGUUGGGUGAUCGUCUGAUAGUGUAUACAUACAUACACACACACACUUUCCUCUCAUGUUAUUUUUUAGGUAUUUUGUUUGUAUUUUUGUAAAUUUGCCAUUUCUGAUUUGGGAAUGGCAAUAGUGUCACAUAUACAGUUACUUUAACGUGUUGCUUGCAAGCAAAGUAAGAUAGUGAGAUCUUCUAUUCCACUUUUUCUUCUUCUUAUGUUUUGAUGAAAUUGUAUUCACACUUGUAAUCAUAAUAAUUUAGUUUAUCUGGAUUAGAUUCUGCUUUUUGAAUCUUCA